AUGCGCUUGAAACCGUCUAGAAGUAGGAAAAUUGAAACAGCACAAGUAAAAGGAAAGGAAUUAAACGACUUCGAAAUAAUGAACAAAACAAGAACAGCCGGCGAUGGAAUGGAAUCAGACGAAAGUACAUCUGAAGGGGUGGAUUUGAAAGUAAAUAUACAUAGAAAAGAUAGUCUUCUUCCUGCUCGUUUAGUUCAAAUUUACCCUACUAAUAUAAUAAGAUCAGAGAACAGAAAAUCAAUGAAUAUGAAGACACCAAAAUUUGUACCAUAUGAGCCUUAUGCAGCUGCUGUAAAACCUAUCACUCCAACAGCAGUUCAAAGAGGCUCAAAAAAAUCAAGAAAUAAUAUGGACAUUAACACUUUAAUAACUCAAAUGUCACAAAUGGAUACAAAUUUGAGUAAAUUUAAACCUCGUCCAAAGUUAAACUCUACAAGUGAUAAAACUUGUGGAGUAACUGACAAAUCAAGUCCAGAGAAUGAUGAAAUGCAAUCGAAAAUAGAUAAGUUAACUGUAGAGAAUGAAUCUCUAAGAGAACAGUUGAAGCAACAAGUUCAAGUUAAUAAAGAAUUGAAAACAAUGUUGGUGGCAUCAAUGGGUGAAGAUCUUGAGAUACAGGUUCAGUCUCUAAACGAAGAUAAGAAGCAUUUGGCAAAUGCUUUACUUAGUUCUGCACAACAUUUAUCUACACAUCAGGAACAAACUGAAUGGCUAGCGGGACAAUGUGAAGUAUGGAGAAGCAAGUUUCUAGCUAGCAGUUUAAUGGUAGAAGAGUUAGCACAAUGCAAAAAGUUAUUAACAGAAAAGACUGAAAAUUUACAACAAGCAAUAAAGCAAUUAUUGGACGAAAAGUGCCGCGCCAGAGAUAUGAUGUUAUGUACAUACAAAAACUUGUACAGUCUUCACGAGAAAUGGCUUGAAAACAUCACUAUUUCAGAAUACACGGGAACAAAUAAAAUGUUCAACCGUCCAAUUGGGAAUCUCAAUUUCAACGCGACAAUACCGCAUUCAACCAACAUUUUGGACUUAUCAUCUGUGAACUUAAAGCUGUCAGAAAACAUAAGCAGUUCGGUAGCGAAACAAGAUAUAAGCCAUUUAAAUACGUUACCUUCUGUUACUGACGGGGAAAAGAAUGCUGAAAACAUUAUGGCUAUGCCUUUACAAGUGAGGCAAGUAAACGAAGCCCCUGUGAAUGCGUUAGUCCACCACGCUUACAGCAACAGCGGCAACACAAUUCGCCCCGUAGCAUCUUGCGUUCAUUGCCACGGAAAAGUCCAGUUAUUGUAA